GACUGUGCCGACGCGGGCAUCCCCGAGGACGUGGGCACGCCCGCGCCCGGUGCCAGCGGCUCCGCGGCCUGCCAGGAGGAUCAGGCGUGGCCGCCCUCGACGCGGACGCACCUGCGCGGGCUCGUGAGCUACCGGGUCCGCGGCUCGUUCUACCACCGCGCGAACAUCUCGGUGAACCGGGUGGAGCUCGUGACGCGGUGCGACAGGGACUUGGGCGUCGUCCUGGACUUCCACAUGGCGCUGCUGGCUGUCAAGCAGCGGAUGAAGGAUGCGCAGGACAGCCCGACCCCGUUCGAGCAGCGCUUCAGGGAGACGCUGGGGACCGUGCUCGUCGAGGGCGGCCUCAGCUCGCAGAGCAUGGGCCUGCGCUUCUGCGUGCGCUUCUGGAACGCCUGGGUGAACACGACGCUCGCCACGCCCUACACGACCGACCUGGACAGACUCAUUCGGAGAGGGGAAAACGGCAUGAACAGAAAGUCGUGCCGGUGCCGGUCUCUCGUCUCCGGGUCGUGGCCUGGUGGCGCGAGGUGGAGGCCAUACCGCGGAGGCAGGUCUUCUUCCGCAACCAGUUCACCUUCUUCACGCAGAGCCCGCAGGAGAUGCAGGCCGACUGGCUGCCAGUGCGCGAUGUUUACACGCGGGCGUGGACGUCGGCCGGGAGGUCUCGGGAGCAGGUGGUGGCGAAGCUCGACGCCAUGGAGGAUCAAACAGUCGCGCCGCCCCAGGACGGAGGCCCUCCUGGAGCUCUGGAACACCCGGCGCCUGGUGGAGGAGGAGAGCGGGCCCAGCGCGUCGCCGCCCUCGCCCUGCGCCGGCGCGAGGCGGCCGAGGCGCGGCGGCUGGCUCGCGAG